GUAAGCUGUGAAUUGUGUACCAAGAUAUUGCCACAGAUUGAUGCCCUAAUCAUAAAUCUCCCAAAAUUUAUAAACCCUCGCCCGCUAAAACUAAAAUUUCACAACCAUCUUCAUCAUCAAGGAUUGUAGCAAGUACUCCAAAUGGCAGCAAGGCACUUGCAGAGAAUCUCGUCAGUUUUCCUUCGAAAUCAAACUAUUAACCGGAAACCAAUGCCAAUUUUUCAAUCUACAAGGAUAAUCGAUCAGUUCUGCUCAGAUAAGAGAGCUAUUCAGACUAAAUCAGAACCUGCGGACACCAAGAAAGUUGCUGUUGAAGUGGAGGAGGUACAAAAUAACUCGAUUAAAGCUAUUGACGUCAACCAGAGCACUUCCUUGAAAUACUCAGUAACUUCGAGCAUGAAAACCUCAGCUAGGCAUGAUCUUGCGAUGGUUUUUACUUGCAAGGUUUGUGAAACAAGAUCAGUUAAGACUGCUACCCGAGAAUCAUAUGAUAAAGGGGUUGUAGUAGCUCACUGCGAUGGAUGUAACAAUUACCAUUUAAUCGCUGACCGGUUGGGUUUUUUUGGAGAACCAGGAAGUAUUGAGGAAUUUUUAGCAGCUCGUGGCGAAGAAGUUAAGAAAGGUUCUCCUGAUACUAUUAAUUUAACUCUUGAUGAUUUAGCUGGAAUUAGGAAGCCCCAGUGAUUUGUGGUCUUUUCCAAUUGUUGGAUUUUUCUGCACUACUUGCUGAUAUUCAAAGGAUCAAGCUUGAUAUUGUGUACUGCUAAUUUGGAAAGUUUUGAAUGAUUAUGAGAAUUUUUUCUAUCA